CUUGAUCAAGUCUAUGAAUGGCAAAUAUUAGAUCUUGGACUCAGUUAUGGCCAUUUUUUGUCAGGCUGUGUAUUCUGAAACUUGUCGUGGAUUUCAAAAUCUUAACAUUGGCGUAUGACAGUGGAAGUAGUGGUUUUGCAGCAGGAAAUGCUUGCAAGAACACAAAUUAUCAAAAUUUCCUCCCUCCACCGUACCAGAAUAUAUCCCAUAUGAUAUGCACGCCUGUAUGGCAUACAUAUGAGUUGAGGUACAUCCAGAAUGAUGGUACCACAACCAUCUUAUUAUCUGCUCCCUACACUAUAGGGUGGGUAGGAAUUGGAUUUUCUAAAGAUGGUAUGAUGGUUGGUUCCAGUGCAAUGGUGGGAUGGAUUAGUAAACAUGGUCAUGCAAAAAUCAAGCAAUUUUACUUAAGGGGUAGGAAGUCAUCAGAAGUCAUUGUAGACAAAGGUGAACUACCUCUCAAUAAUGUGCCCGCGGCUGUGGCAACUAAUGGGGCUGAAAUUCAUUUGGCAUUUCAGUUACAGAUGACAACUCCGCUUGAGAGACAACCAAUUCUAUUGGCUUUUGGCAGUAAAUAUCCACAGAACCACCACCUCUCCAAGCAUGAAGACAAAACAGCUAUUAUAUUUGAUUUUUCUUCAGGCUCUUCGGGUCCUGUAUCCCAUGAGUUGAUUCAGAUAAGGAAGAACCAUGGAAUAGUGGGUAUAAUAGGGUGGGGUCUAAUCCUCCCCGUGGGGGCAAUUGUUGCUAGAUACUUCAAGCAUAAGGAUCCCCUAUGGUUCUAUCUCCAUGCAGCAAUUCAAUUUGUGGGAUUCACAUUCGGGAUUUGUACAGUCCUUCUUGGAUUACAACUCUAUUCCAAAAUGCAUGCCCAUAUACCAGCUCAUAGAGGCAUAGGCAUCUUUGUCAUGGCACUAAGUAUUCUUCAGAUAUCGGCAUUCUUCUUGAGACCAAACAAGGAUUCCAAGAUGCGAAAAAUUUGGAAUUGGUACCACAGUUGGUUUGGAAGGUUGGCACUUUUAUUUGCAGCCAUUAAUAUAGUGUUGGGAAUGCAAGCUGCGGGGGCAGGAAGUGAUUGGAAGAUAGGUUAUGGAUUUCUUGUUGGUACAGUAGUUGUAACAGCUAUCGUUCUUGAAGUAUUGGCUUAUUUGAAAAGAUCAGAAUCUCUACCUCCUAACUUCCAAGUGGACCCCGUUGGAGAAGCUUCAUUUCCAAGGGGAAUGUGAUUGCUGCUAGUUUUGAACUUCCACAAGCAUUGUCAAGUGUUCAAUUAAACCAGCACAUACGAAAUCACGUUGCUGGUUCAAGUUCGGGUAUGUGCGGUUCAUUUGGAUUAUUUUCGACAUGCCGUGAUACUAUUUCUGGGUGUGCUUUCCUCGGGUACAUAUAGAUGGAAACUUUUAUAACCAGCUAGAAGUUUGCCAAGUUGGACAAUACUAAUGUUUGGCUUUCUCACUCGAACUUAACGAGAUUGAACUCUGUUUUCUUUUUUUCUUUAUUGGGUUUCUGUUG